AUGGAUAAAAAUACCUUUCUUAAAAUUUAUUUUCCUAAUGGUUCUUUUCAUGGAAUUCGUUAUACAUCAUCGACAACUGUUGCUGAGCUUAUUCGAACAGUAUUGAAAGGUCGUCUUUCACCAAAUGAAUUGAUAUUUCAUUUAUCAUAUGCAUUGCGUGUAACAUAUAUUGGUAAAGAGCAAACAAUAACAAACGUAAGAAUAUCAUCUUCAUCAGAUAAAACAAUUCUUUCUGAUAAAUGGCUUCAUUCAAAUAUGACAAUGGAAAAAGUACACCGAAUCUAUGGACCAAUCGAUGAAUUAAAACUUGAACUUCGUCUUCGAUAUUUUCCACAAUCAAUCGAUGCAUUAUCAAAUGACAAACCUACAUUUGGAUAUUUCUAUGAACAACUUCGUAUUGAUUAUAUGCGAUUAAAAUCAGAAUAUGUAUCAAUGAAUGAAGCUAUUGAAUUAGGUUCACUCGAAAUACGUAAACUAUUUAAAGAUCUUAAUCCAACAGCAUUAGAUAAAAAAGUGAAUGUUGAUUAUUUGGAAAAAGAACUUGGUUUAAAAAGAUUUUUUCCACAAUCUGUUAUUAGUUCUCAUAAACCAAGAGUUCUACGAAAAUGUAUUAAAGCAUGUCUCAAAAAAUACGAAGGUUUAGCUGAAGAAGAAUGUGUGAAACGUUUUUGUUUUUUAUUAAAAGAUGUUUGGAAUUGGGAACAGGAAGUAUAUACAUGUAAUCUUGGUGCUGAAUGGGCAGUACCAAUAAAUCUUGCUCUUGGCCCGUCAGAUGGUAUCAGUUAUCGAACUCAAAAUUUUACUAAAUUAACUAAAAUGGUUUCAUUUGAAGAUGUUCUUUCCAUAGUUACAAUGAAAACUAAUACAGAUGAACGUGGCUUACUUAAAUUAACCAUUGCUGGAUCAUCAGAGACUUUAACACUUAGCUUUCCAUCUCUUUCCGAUGCUAAUGAAGUCGCUAUUCUUAUCGAUGGUUAUUGUAUGCUUGUCAAUCAUAGUGUACAUUCACUUUGGCGAUCAAUGGCUGAAGAUCAAUAUUUAGUAACAUUACGAGGAUCAUCGGCACCUAUUCUUCCUGUUCAUUAUUCAUUAGAUAUUCCAUUAUCACAAACUGAUACUGAUAAUGAUGAUAUAAAUGGAGAUUAUGCUGAUGUUUUAUCAUCUGAUUAUCAUAUUGAUCGUAGACAAAUACAUAUGAUUGAAUCACUAGGUAAUGGUCAAUUUGGUGAAGUUUAUCGUGGAAUACUUCGAACUGAUCAACAAAUAGAAAUAAAUAUUGCAAUCAAAACAUGUAAAAUGCAAGAUUCAGCAACAACAGACGCAUUUUUAGAAGAAGCAUAUGUUAUGCAAAAAUUUGAACAUCCACGUAUAAUAAAACUAAUUGGUGUUUGUACUGAACAACCUGUCUUACUUAUUAUGGAAUUAGCAAGAUUAGGCGAGCUCCGAGCUUAUUUAGUUGCAAAUCGAUCUGAUUUUGAUUUAAUAACAUUGUUGCUUUAUUGUGAACAAUUAUCAUCAGCACUUGCCUAUCUUGAAUCAAAAAAAUUUGUCCAUCGUGAUAUUGCUGCAAGAAAUGUUCUUGUAUCAAACCAUGAAUCAGUUAAAUUAGCUGAUUUUGGCCUUUCAAGACAAUUAACACUUGAUAAUUCAUAUUAUAAAGCAUCUAAAGGUAAAUUACCAAUAAAGUGGAUGGCACCGGAAUCAAUAAAUUUUCGUCGUUUUACUCAUUUAUCGGAUGUUUGGAUGUUUGGUGUUUGUAUGUGGGAAAUUUUAACAAUGGGUAAAAAACCAUUUCAAGGUAUUGCGAAUAAUGAUGUUAUUGAUCAAAUUGAAAAUGGUGUUCGAUUACCUCUACCCGGUGCUUAUUGUCCGAAACGUUUAUUUGAUUUAUUACAAGAUUGUUGGGCAUAUGAACCAACAAAUCGACCAACAUUCCUUCAAAUAGAAUCACGUUUAAAAAUAAUUUUAAAUGAAGAACAAAUGAAUAGUCAUUCACAAGCACAUUCUAAAGAUCGUAUAUAUGUAAAUGAACAAACUUUAUCAAUAUCAAAAUCGAAUACAUCAACAGCAGCUUCGUCAUUGAUCUUAUUACCAUCAAUCGAUGAUCAUGUACCACCGAAACCAGCUUUACCGUAUAAAAAUGGAUUUCCAAAUACUCGAGUACCAAUUGGUAAUAACAAGAUAACUACAGGACGAAGUGAAUCUAGUCACAACUUUCAAUAUCGUACUUCAAUUGACAUUAAACCCACAUUAUACGAACCUAAAGAAUCUCAAGAGAUGAAAUCAACAAAAUCAAAAGAGAAAAUAUCAACACCAUCAUCAUUAUUAGUUGAUUUAUUUCAUUCACAAACAAAACAAAUUGUUGGUGCUGUACUUGCAUUAACUCGACAAUAUGAAAUGAGUCAUAAUAAUGGAAAUUUAUCAAAAAAUAAUCGUCCAUUAUCACCUAUUAGUGAUAAAGAACAAAUGCAAUUAGUUCGAAAUAUUGCUAUUGCUGUUCGUGAUCUUUUACAAACACUUGAUUAUGCACCUACAUCUAUUAAACAAAUGUCUGAACAACGUUAUAAUCAUUUUUCAUCUCUAGUUGUUUCAUUAAUUGAAACUGUUCGACAACGUAAUUAUGAUAACAUGAAUGAGCAUGCUGUUAAUAUUGCCCGUACAGCUAAAGCAUUAUUUGAUGAUAUUCUUAAAUUGAGUUAA